AUGUUCACGUUAGGCGCCGAAAUGCGAGAAUUAAGCCUUCCAAAGCCGGACAAGAAUGACUUGCUCUAUACAAUUCUGCUCAAGCAGCAGCGCAAGCCGCCCGUCUCCGACUUUGAGCCUGGCCACAUCGAGACGACGAAAAUCAAACUCCUCAAAGCCGGAAGCAUCGAUCGAUUAGUCGAUCACUUAGGCCCGUGUUCCAUUUUUACGUAA